AUGGAAGUCUAUUUAAAAGAACUAGUUGAUGUCAACAAAAAAACUAACGAUGAUAAUAAUGAAAUUUCUAUUGAAUUUCGAGAUGAAAUAUUUACAUAUGAUACAUACGAUAUGAAUAAUUAUACUGAAAUUGAACAACGUCAAAUAAUUGAACGAUUCUUUUUUAAAUAUAUUGAUUUAAUUGAUGAUUCUUCUAUAUUUAAUAUUAUACUUAAUCAUCUUUAUGCUGGAAAUUAUAGUAUUUUAUCAACUAAUAUAAAAUCGUAUUUAUUUGAAAGCCUAGAACUUUGUUCACCAAAACAAUUUCUUCCAUGGAUAUAUAAAACUCUUGAAAAUGAAGAAGAAAUGUUUGAAAUAAAUAUUCAAACAUUUACAACUUAUGUUGAUACAAAAAAAAAGCGUGGUUCAACAAAUGGUGAAAUACGUUAUACAAUACUAUGUGAAUCAUCAACAAAAUUACUUGAAUUAAUUUUAAGUAAAAUUUCACGGGAUCAAUUAACAUCAAAACAAGUAUGGUUAGCAGUAUUUCGUCUUAAACAACAAUUAUCAUUGACAAGUUUACAAAAAGAUAUAUUUAAUGAAUGGCUUGGAAUUGUUUAG